AUGGCAACAUAUACAACUGCACACCAGGUGCGUCAUGCCUGGGUAAUGAAGCAGGAAAUCGCCCUCCUGGACGUCCGCGAGGAAGGCCCAUACGCCGAGUCCCAUCCCCUGUUCGCCGUCAGUGUGCCCGUAUCCGAAAUCGAGAGUAAACUGCCAGCACUAGUUCCUCGCCUGGCUGUCCCGAUCGUGGUCUAUGAUAGUGGCGAGGGGUACGAUAUCCGGGCGGUAUCCCGGAUUUCAGCCAUGGGAUAUGAGAAUGUUGCCAUUCUCGACGGUGGACUCUCUGCAUAUGCUCUGGUUGGUGAAGUUUACCGCGAUGUCGGUGUUCCUUCCAAGGCGUUUGGGGAACUGGUUGAAUCUAUCAAUCACACUCCGUCAAUUUCUGCCACAGACCUGAGGGAGUCUUUGCGGAAUGAUGAUGAUAUCGUGGUUCUGGAUGCCAGGAGAUUUGAGGAAUUCAACACCAUGAGUAUUCCAGGUGGCAGGAGUUGUCCUGGAGGAGAACUCCUUUAUCGCUUCUUCGAGACUGUGCCUUCUACAAAGACAACCGUCGUUGUGAACUGUGCUGGGAGAACACGCAGUAUCAUCGGGACCCAGUCCUUGAUCAAUGCGAAGGUCCCCAACAAGGUACUUGCGCUCCGUAAUGGGACGAUUGGGUGGACGUUGGAGGGCUUCGAGCUCGACAACAAGAAAACGGACCAGGCCCCGAGACCUGCACCGGAAGCAUUGGCAAAAGCGGCCCAACUCGCGAAACGCUGGUUUUCUCGGCACAAAAUCCCUCACUUGGACGGGGCGAGCAUCGAUGAUCUAGCCGUGUAUGGGCAGGAUCGCACUCUGUACCUGCUCGACGUUAGAGAUCCAGAGGAAUAUGCCCUGGGGCACCCAGCCGGUUUCACUAAUGCUCCGGGUGGACAAUUAGUACAAGCCACAGAUGAGUGGAUCGGUGUUCGAGGAGCUCGCAUUAUUCUCUACGAUACGGACUCUGUCCGAGGAAGUAUGGCAGCCAGUUGGCUACAUCAGCUCGGAUGGGAGGUUCUGGUAUUGUCUGAUUUACCAUCGACAGAUCCCACUGAGCUUGGUGUGCCAAAGUCAUCUUCAUUUGGUUGCGUAGAAACUCGUGGCAUUUCAGUUGCCGCGCUCCAAAACCUUCAGGGGGCAACCGUGGUUGAUCUUGCUCGCAGUCCUUCCUAUCGCAAGGGACAUAUUCCAGGUGCAUGGUAUGCUUCUGGACCAGAGCUACGAAGAGAUCUGAAAACGAUCAAAGAGGUUGGACCGAUCAUUUUGACCUCCCCUGAUGGUAUCGUUGCAGCCAUGAACUGCAAGGAGGCACGAGAAUGGCUCCCUUUAGGAGAACAGUUCAUGUACUUGGAAGGAGGAACUGAUGCUUGGGUGGCAGCCGACCUUCCUCUUGAGAUCGAGUCACGGUGGCUUUCUGAACCAAUAGAUGUCUACAAAAGACCAUACGAAGGGACAGGGAAUGCUCGUGAGAAUAUGCAGGGGUAUCUCGACUGGGAGUAUGGCCUUGUGGCCCAAUUGGCAAACGACGGGGUCGCUAAUUUCCGCGUUGUACGAGAUUCGCGUGCAGAUGAUGACUGUGAGCAUUUUACGGAGUCUACAUUGGUUGAUAGUUCUGCAUAG